GCUUGCGCCGAAGGGGCGUGGCGGUCGCACCUGCGCGAGUUGGGGGAAGGAGGAGGGGCGAGGUGACGCAGGCGUAAUAAUAGAGAAGGUGCCAGAAAGAUCCAAAACAAGUGGCUGCGGCCGUCGCCCAGGAGUCUUCGGACGCCGGAUUCCGGCCUCGGUUCUGAGCUUGUUCCGCCUCCUUCCCCCGGGAAUGGCGUUGUCUGGGUCGACCCCGGCCCCGAGCUGGGAGGAGGAUGAAUGCUUGGACUACUACGGGAUGCUGUCGCUUCACCGUAUGUUCGAGGUGGUGGGCGGGCAACUGACCGAGUGCGAGCUGGAGCUCCUGGCCUUCCUGCUGGACGAGGCCCCCGGCGCCGCUGGCGGUUUGGCCCGUGCCCGCAGCGGCCUGGAGCUGCUGCUGGAGCUGGAGCGCCGCGGGCAGUGCGACGAGAGCAACCUGCGGCUGCUGGGGCAACUCCUGCGUGUGCUGGCCCGCCACGACCUGCUGCCUCACCUGGCGCGCAAGCGGCGCCGGCCAGUGUCUCCGGAACGAUACAGCUAUGGCACCUCCAGCUCCUCAAAGAGGACAGAGGGCAGCUGUCGUCGCCGUCGGGAGUCAAGCAGUUCUUCAGAUUCUCACCAGGGUCAGUGGGAGACAGGCUCCCCACCAACCAAGCGGCAGCGGCGGAGUCGGGGCCGGCCCAGUGGUGGUGCCAGACGGCGGCGGAGAGGGGGUCCAGCUGCCCCCCAGCAGCAGCAGGAGCCAGCCAGGCCUGCCUCUGAAGGCAAAGUGACCUGUGACAUCCGGCUCCGGGUUCGAGCAGAGUACUGUGAGCACGGGCCAGCCUUGGAGCAGGGGGUGGCAUCCCGGCGGCCCCAGGCGCUGGCGCGGCAGCUGGACGUGUUUGGGCAGGCCACUGCAGUGCUGCGCUCAAGGGACCUGGGCUCCGUGGUGUGCGACAUCAAGUUCUCAGAGCUCUCCUAUCUGGACGCCUUCUGGGGCGACUACCUGAGUGGUGCCCUGCUGCAGGCCCUACGGGGCGUGUUCCUGACUGAGGCCCUGCGUGAGGCUGUGGGCCGGGAGGCUGUCCGCCUGCUGGUCAGCGUGGACGAGGCCGACUAUGAGGCUGGCCGGCGCCGCCUGUUGCUGAUGGAGGAGGAGGGGGGGCGGCGCCUGACGGAGGCCUCCUGAUCCCGGAUCUGGCAGGACUGACCCCACCUCCGAGUCUCCGGUCACCUUCACCCCCGGAGGACAACCAUCUCUGCCCCUAGAGGACUGUCACUUCAGGAGCUCUGAGGACUGUACAGGACCAGGAUGGCAUGCCCCUUGACAGCCCCCUUGCACAGGAUGUGGGCUCUGAGGCCUAAACCACUUCCAGCUGAGUUUCCUUCCCAAACUCCCCCCACCCCCGUGUGUUCCCUCAGCCUCUGGCAGCCAGGAGCUCCUGUAUCCCCGAAGGGAGGGAGGCAUAGCCACACACUCACCAACGGCCCCCUGCACAUCGUGUCUGUGACCUUGGGCUGUCUGCACGUGCAUGCGUGCACACACACUCAUACACACUGCCCCCCCCUGAAAUCUUCCCACGGCCCCUGCCCUGUUCCACACACUUCUUUGGCCUAAGGGCCUCUCUCUCAGGAUCUCUGAUUUGACCACCCCCAACCUGGACUUCAGCCACACCAGUGGGCACUGGAGCUAGGGUGCUCAUGGGGCCUGCUCACCUUGCCCACACAUCUCUAGGCGGGGCUCUGCCCACCUUCCACACACAAACCCAACUCUCUUCACCUUCCCUCUGCUUCCCAGAGCUAGAUACAGACUUGCACUCAAACCCUCACACAUGGAUGUUGUGGCAUCAGACCAAGGCCUACUGUUGCCCAUGGGGCCAGGACCAGGAAACAGCUGCCUUCUUGGAAAGGGAAGGCAAAGGCUUGGGGGCUGAUGGGAAAGACCUUUCUCAAAUGGCACCAAUAAAACUGCCCUGGAAGGGGCAUAGGUGGGCA